CUUCCGACAGAAAGGCCCGGGAGGCGGGGACUCGGCGAGGCUCCGGGCGUAGUUACCGGGUUGGGCGGGGUACAUCUGGGAGGGGUUUGUGGGUGAGCUCUGGGUCCCCCGCCCGCUGCGGAGAUGGAUGAAGAUGGGCUUCCACUCAUGGGGUCAGGCAUAGACCUGACCAAGGUGCCAGCUAUUCAACAGAAAAGAACGGUGGCAUUUCUAAAUCAGUUUGUGGUGCAUACUGUACAAUUCCUCAACCGUUUUUCUACAGUUUGUGAGGAGAAACUGGCAGACCUUUCUCUUCGGAUCCAACAAAUUGAAACAACUCUCAACAUUUUAGAUGCAAAGUUGUCAUCUAUCCCAGGCCUAGAUGAUGUCACAUUUGUGUCCAGUGUGUCCAGUGUCACAAAUGGAUCACAAUCUGAAACUACUUCAGAGUUGUCACAGAACAGUACACAAGACUCUGGACCACAGGAAAGUGAAGUAUCAUCAGAAAAUAUCUUAACUGUAGCCAAGGAUCCAAGAUAUGCCAGAUAUCUCAAAAUGGUUCAAGUGGGUGUUCCGGUGAUGGCAAUAAGAAACAAAAUGAUAUCAGAAGGACUGGAUCCAGAUCUUCUUGAAAGGCCAGAUGCUCCAGUGCCUGAUGGUGAAAGUGAAAGGACUGUAGAAGAAAGUUCAGAUAGCGAGUCUUCUUUCAGUGACUAAGCUGAAUUUUGAUAAAAAUUACAUAUACAUGUGUAAGGGUACGUUUACAUUCUAUGAGAGAGUCUGACUCUCUUCAUCAUAGAAAACAUCAAAUAGCCACAUAUUUACCACCAAGCUUCUUCAUGUUAAAAAAAAUAAAGCAUUUAUAACCUGCAAGUAUGUCUUGUUACCAAAAUAAGGGUUCUGAAAUCAAAAAUUGAAUAACCUCAAUUGCAACUAGUGUUUUAAAAUGAAGGUAAGCUAUUCCAGGAAUGCAGUGAGCAUUAUAGAAUGAAGUUAAUGUGAAUAUUUUAGAAUGGAAAGUUAUGUACAUUUUUAUUCUAAAAAUUGUUAAAGAAAUUUCUGAUAGAAGAUAAUAUUGGAAUGAAAUUGUGACAACUUGAAACUUAUAUGUCAUAUCUAUUAUGGAUCUGGAACUUAUUGAUAGUAUUUAUUAGUAUGCACAUUACCCCUUGGCCAGUAGUUCAUAUGAGUAUGAAAGUGAGAUAUUUUUAUUUAUUUUCAAGUAGAAAUAUUGAAGGUAGUUAUAAUGUGGUUCAGAGUAAGCAAGCAUCAUUGUCACCAGCUUCUUUAUUGCCUAAACCGGAAAACUUCAUUUGCACAAAAUUAAAAUGCUCUCACCUCGACUUGCAAAAAAAAUUCUUCAUAAACAAAUAUUUUUUUGUUUAAUAUCUAGAAAAUCCCCAAAAUACUUAGAUGAAGAGACAUAAAUGCAUUUGGUUAGUGGUUCUCAACCUAGUUUAGGUCACCUGAAAGUAGAGUCAGAGAAAAGAUUUGGAUGUCUGGAGGUCAUUUGUGAGGUGAUCUCAGGAAGCCUAAAUAAGAACAUGGAGAAGAAGGAGAAAACCAAUAUGAAGAUGUAUUGUAUUAUCAAGGUUACUAUUUUGGUCUUGAGUGCUCUAAGACCUCCUAAGAAGCUUAUAGACUGCCUCCCAAUAUUGUCCACCUGAUAGAACUGCAGACAUUUAAUUAGCAGUUUUCAUUACCCAUUAUAGUUGAGAGUUGCUGCCAGGGGCAUUAACUUCCCCUACAUUUCUGGGCUGUACUGUUUUUUUGGGGGGGAAACAGUAUCUCCCAAUAUUGAAGCAGGACUUGGAAUAGCAAGCAGAUCAAGAUGCUCAUGCUUACAUUGGCAUUUCACUGACAAGAAGGACAAACCUGAGCUUACUUAGAACUAUCCAGGGAAACUAUGGCUGCUACUAGAAGCAGAAAAGAAGUAAUGUGGAGCAAAAGAGGUGUUUGCUGCUGUCCACUUUUUGACCAUUCCAUAUUAAGUCUACUCUGUCACCGAGACUUCUAGAUGAUGGCCAGCUGUAGCCUUCCUAAAAGACUACACAGGAAGAUUAGUUGCAGUCUUUGUUGCUGCACCUCAAUCCAGACCAAAACUAUUAUUAUCAUCUCCUUCCUUCACCACCCACUUUAGAUUUCUCUUGGUCUGUGCCAGAAACUCUGCUGGACAAAGUUGGUUGCCUGGUAAAGAGACCUAAAAAGUUAAGUUCUCUUGUCCCAGAGAAUGGUUAUUUUGACCAAUAAGGUCUCCUUUAUCCAACCUUACAUUCUGUCUCUCUGAUCCAGUAAACUCAAAGAUCUAUUCUCACAUGUUAUCUAGCUUACUAGCAGUACUUAACCAGCCAGUUCCUGAAAUCCUUUCAGUAUGGAACCUAUUUCUUCCCAGCUCAAUAACUAUAUUUUCCCUCUCAGACGAAACCUGAUAUCAUUUAAUCAUCUUGAAAUAAUGCCAGAGAGCAGAGUUGGGUCUUAGGGAUGAGAGUUCUCUUAUAAGUCACCAGCUUCAGGUAACACUCUGAGUGGUCUCCAGGUAAGGGGAGGCUCCUUUCCUUGAUUGUGUAAGAAAGAGCUCUUUGGAUGGUGUAGUGGGCUUAGAGGAAACCAGGGAUUCAGGCCUCUGAAGCCCAGAUUUUCUCAUCCCAUAUCUCAGUCACACCCCUUUGCUAUCAGGGCCCUGGCUUAGCAAAGUAAACUUGUUGAGGUUGUACCUCUCCUCUCCUUUACCAUUUUUACACUCUGGGUCUGAUUUUCCUGGACAGGAGGCCUUUUGGCUUCCACAGUAUGCUCAGGGUUGAUGAUUGGCCAAUCUGGGCCUGUCAAUUUCUCUUCUCAAAAUAUCCAAGGCAGUUAACAAAUGCUAGUGAGUUCCAUAAUCCUUUGCCCCCAUGCUGUUCUAGUGACAGAACUACCAGUUACUCCAUUACUUCUCACCCUAUUCCACCAUAGAUGAGAUUCACAGGAAUUAUGAUGCACAUGGAGGGCAAUUACCAUCCUUCUUAACCUAGAAAUAGGAGUAAAUGAUCUAGUCCAGAAUUCCAUCCUAAUGGAUUUUCUUUCCAGAGUCACUUCUCAUACCUAAAGCAUACUCUGAGAUAGAUACUUGUAUUUGUGAAUCAACCCCAGGACGUAGAAAUGAGAGCAACCAGAAUGAAAGAGGGAAGAAAAUCCAAUACAAGGAUAUAUUACUGAGCUAGCCAUUGUGGGUACUUGAGAUUUGAUUUCAGUACUAGCACUCCUUACAAAUGAAUAAUGCUUCCCAGAAUUGCCCAUCUGAAGACUGGAGGGUGGAGCAUUUGUGCACUAGCCUAGGACUAUUACUAGGGGGUAUUACUCCCUACACUUGUGGGAUCUUCUUGCUCAUAGGCCUUGGGGUCUUCUGUGGCAUUAAAAAGGACACUGAAUUGGAGACUGGAGAAUGAGGCUUUCAUUUGAGAUGGGUUGCUCCACCAAAAGAUGAAACCCAAAAGAUUGAGUACAACUCUCUAUUACAUCUGUGGUUGAACUCCAGGAGAGACCCAGAGAUGUAUUUCAGGGUAUCACUAGAAGCAGCAGAUAUAGACAGUCUUCCUCCAAAAUAUUAGAUUGACCCAAGCUUAUGUUUAUUUAAAAUAUAUAGUUUCUUCUUGGAUAUAAAGACAAAUUGGAUCAUAAGCCACACACAGGAUUUCCAGAACUUCUUCAUUAAAAGUUUUAGUUUUUAAAAUCUUCCCCAAAAUGAGCAGAGGAUAAACAAUAACUAAAUCUAUAUCUUUAUAUUCUGUUAUAAUAGAAUUUUUAAAUGUUUCCUAUUACACACAUCUCAUAGAGUUUUUCUGUGAAACUUUUAUAUCUGAACUAGAGCCUGGCUCUGGAUAUUGUGUCCAUGUGCUCUUAAAGAGUGUCCAGACAAUAUAAUGGUCAGUAAAAUGCUUUUUUUUCUGAUCAUGUAUGUUCUUCACAAAAACAAUCUUGAUAUCUAGGGUUCAUGAAGAACUUACAUUCCAACAGUUUAUUUAUUGAUUUAUCUGUUAGAAAAGCAUGAUGGAUUUACUUAAUGAAAUGGAAUUAAUACUCUGAGGUAUAUGGAGCAGACUGCUUCCAAGAGAGGAUAUGGCCUUGUGUAUUCUACAUUGUGGGCUUUUAUGUCCUGCUUGGGAUUCUCCCACUCUGAAUUAUUUAUCUGAGGCGGUUACUACACUUUCCUGCAUGGUUUAGUGUGCUUGCACUGAUUUUGCCAUGUUAGAAAUUUUUGCAACAUAGACUGUGCCCAUUUUCUCCACAAUGGCAGGAAGCUGUCUAACCAACCUCAAGAAGACAGUUCUUUGGCCAGUUGGGUGUUGCCUGGAACAGCCUGAAUUUCCUUUCUCUACCUCUCUUGCUCAUGUCUGCCUAACUACCUGUUCUAACAUUCCCCCAUCAAGGACUUGGAAAUUCCCACAAUUUAAUCCUGUAUUUUAAUAGCUGUUGCAACAAUGACAAGUUGUCUUUCAAAAAAUUAACUUUUAAAUUUUUUGUUGGUAAGAUUAAUAAGUGAAAGGACUGACAAUAAAGCAAACGUCACACUGA